UUCGGUAGAGUGUGGGUAGAGUUGACAGCGGUAACAUCACUGCUCUGAGCGCAGUAUUUAUAGCUAAGGAUUGCUUCAUUUCUCGGGAAAAGUCUCUGGCGUCUGUGCUUGCCACUGAUCGUAAAUCCACUAGACCAAUUCUAAAACAACAAGAUGUAUCGUUUCUGACAUGCACCAUGCUGGCUUAUUUGACUUCAACAGCUUGAAGAAAGUCUAAAAGGCUGCUGUGUCAGUUGGAGCUUGAACUCAUCGCAGAAGGAAGAAAUGGGGAACACAGCAACCAAGUUCCGAAAGGCACUUAUCAAUGGGGAUGAGGUGCUGGCCUGCCAACUCUAUGAGAGCAACCCACAAUUCAAGGAGGCUCUGGAUCCCAACUCUACAUAUGGAGAAUCCUACCAGCACAACACUCCGCUGCACUAUGCUGCCCGACAUGCCAUGAUACGCCUACUCAGGUCAUUUCUAAUAAGCAAAGAUGGUAAUCCUAACAAGCGUAAUGUGCACAACGAGACCUCUCUGCACCUUCUCUGCAUGGGACCCCAGAUCCUGACAUCAGAAGGGGCACUGCAUCCACGGAUCUCACGGCCAUACGAGGAUGAACAGCGUCGAGCAGAAUGCCUGCAGAUCAUCCUGUCGUGGACCGGAGCAAAGUUAGACCAUGGAGAGUAUGAGACUGCUGAUAUCAAUGCCACAGACAACAAGAAAAGCACCUGUCUACACUAUGCCUCUGCUUCAGGCAUGAAAACAUGUGUUGAGUUACUGGUGGAGAGAGAAGCGGACCUGUUCGCUGAGAACGAAAACCGCGAGACUCCAUGUGACUGUGCAGAAAAGCAGCACCACAAGGAGUUGGCCCUAUGCCUGGAGUCGCAGAUGGUCUUCUCUCUUGCCCCUGAGGCGGAGGGUAUAGAAGCCGAGUAUGCAGCCCUCGACCGAAGAGAGUUGUAUGAGGGCCUGCGACCUCAGGAUCUACGGAGAUUGAAGGACAUGCUCAUAGUGGAGACAGCAGACAUGUUGCAAGCCCCACUUUUCACUGCAGAAGCACUGCUGCGUGCCCAUGAUUGGGACAGAGAGAAGCUCUUAGAGGCCUGGAUGAGCAAUGCGGAGGAGUGCUGCCAGCGCUCUGGCGUACGGAUGCCCAACCCACCCCCUAGUGGCUACAAUGCAUGGGACACAUUGCCCUCACCUCGGACCACACGCUCCUCUGUCACCUCACCAGACCAAAUCAGUCUAAUGCCUGCAGAUGAGGAUUCUUCUCUGUGUGGUAUAUGCAUGUCUUCCAUCUCCGUCUUUGAGGAACCUGUUGACAUGUCCUGUGGCCAUGAAUUCUGCAGAGCAUGCUGGGAAGGGUUUCUAAAUCUGAAGAUCCAAGAGGGGGAAGCCCACAACAUUUUCUGCCCUGCCUACGACUGUUACCAGCUUGUGCCGGUGGAAGUCAUAGAAAGUGUGGUCUCCAGAGAGAUGGACAGGCGCUACCUCCAGUUUGACAUCAAGGCAUUUGUGGAAAACAAUCCAGCAAUACGCUGGUGUCCCGAGGCAGGCUGUGAAAGAGCUGUACGGCUUAACACUCACGGCCCUGGGACUUCUGCUGCAGACCCUCUAAGCUUUCCCCUGCUUCGGGCACCUGCUGUAGAUUGUGGAAAGGGACACCUCUUCUGCUGGGAGUGUCAAGGUGAAGCACAUGAGCCCUGUGACUGUGAGACCUGGAAGUUGUGGCUCCAGAAAGUGACUGAGAUGAAACCAGAGGAAUUGGCUGGUGUGAGCGAAGCUUAUGAGGAUGCAGCCAACUGCUUAUGGUUGCUCACCAACUCUAAACCCUGUGCCAACUGCAAAUCUCCAAUACAGAAAAAUGAGGGCUGCAAUCACAUGCAGUGUGCAAAGUGCAAAUAUGACUUCUGUUGGAUCUGCCUGGAGGAGUGGAAAAAGCACAGCUCAUCAACAGGGGGUUACUAUCGUUGCACUCGUUAUGAAGUUAUCCAACAGGUGGAGGAACAGUCGAAGGAGAUGACAGAAGAGGCGGAGAAGAAGCACAAGAGCUUUCAGGAGCUUGACCGUUUUAUGCACUACUACACACGCUUCAAGAACCAUGAGCACAGCUAUCAGCUUGAGCAGCGUCUGUUAAAAACAGCCAAAGAGAAGAUGGAGCAGCUCAGUCGAGCUUUGAGUGGAAGGGAAGGAGGCCCACCUGAUACCACGUUCAUUGAAGAUGCAGUGCUAGAACUGCUUAAGACUCGCCGCAUCCUCAAGUGCUCUUAUCCUUAUGGGUUCUAUCUGGAGCCCAAAAGCACAAAGAAGGAGAUCUACGAGCUUAUGCAGACGGACUUGGAAAUGGUAACUGAGGACUUGGCACAAAAGGUUAACAGGCCUUACCUGCGGACGCCACGCCACAAGAUCAUCCGUGCAGCGUGUCUUGUUCAGCAGAAGAGGCAGGAGUUCCUGGCCUCAGUAGCCAGGGGAGUGGCCCCCAAUGACUCUCCUGAGGCCCCCAGGCGCAGUUUUGCUGGUGGAACGUGGGACUGGGAAUAUUUAGGAUUUGCAUCACCUGAGGAGUAUGCAGAAUUCCAGUAUAGACGGAGACAUCGACAGCGGAGGCGAGGUGACAUGUCUAGUGUCCGCAGCAACACACCUGACCCUGAAGACCUUAGUGACAGCACUUUAGACAAUCAGGAUGUUGGAAGUGGACGCAGGCAGGGUCCUCUGAUGGGUCUUGGUUCCUUGGAUGAGGAUGAUCCCAACAUUUUACUGGCUAUUCAGCUGUCACUCCAGGACUCUGGGAUGGCAGGGAGGGAGUCCAACCAUGAGUAUCUCGCCAACGAAGCUUCACUCGGUGCAAUUGGUACCUCCCUGCCCUCUAGGCUUGAGCAGAGCGCUCCAGAUGUUGAAGUCCCCCCCAGAGCUUCUCUAAGCAGCUCUGAACUGCUGGAGCGGGGAGAUAACCUGGCCAGACUAGGCAACAUCAGCAGCCAGUACUCUGCUGCCACUGGUGUUUCCAUCUCUCGGCAACACCGUGACAGUCAUCACCGGGCACACAAUUCCUCGACAGGCCUCUUUUCUUCUUCCACUGACACAACAGACUCACCCACAUGUGACAACCACGGUCCAUCCUCGUCCUCCGCAUUGGCAACAAAUGCUAACUUGCUUGGCAAUAUUAUGGCUUGGUUCCAUGACAUAAAUCCACAAGGUAUCACUCUGGUCCCCUCCACCUCCUCUCACACUGACUCAAACAUGGGUCCACUUCUCACAGGUGACGUACAAUGUCUGCAGGAUGAUGAGAAAGGUAGGGUCGUCAUCCUCCCUGACAGCAGGAAACCUCAGGAGGUGAUGACUGAUGCAGGUUUCUGCUCUCAGAGGGCCACAGAGGAAAAGGAGUCUGCUGUCACUGAGAGGCCGACUCAGUUAGAUCUAGUGGGGCUUGAUACCAUGCCACUACCUUACAUGGCUGCCCUUGACCCGAGUGGAGAGCAUGCUGAGCGGGCCGGCUCAAAGGCCUGUCACAUUGACAGUCCACAAUGUGACUCUGUGUCCGAUCAGCUGCCCAGCACUAGCUCCUCUGAGUGGGAAGAGCAAGUGCACUUGGUUUGAUGUGCUUGGCUGAGAUUGGUAAAAGCUGUAAUUGGAAGGCCAAAAGAACACUACGGAUAGCAUAGUUGAAGAACAUGUGUAGUAGCUAUUAAGGUGGAAUGUACUGAGAAUGAAGAAUAUGUCAGUCAGCUGGUAAAUCAGAAGUAGUUAUCAUUCAAUCCAUUUGAACUCAGAAGUAAAAAUAUCCAGCUUCCCAGUAGGGAAGUGCAGCUGGAACAUCCCCUUAAGUCAGGUCUCUGAGAGUCAGGCGAACGUAACCAGCCCAGACUUUGAAUCCCAGCAGUGCUGCCUUAUGCAUAAAAAGUAACGAUAGGUGCUGUUAGAAACUAUCACCUCUUUUAGUUUUUGUUUCAUUAAAUCAGUCACACAAACUACUGUCCAGUCUCAGUCAGUGAACACACUGGUCGAGUGUAUGUCCAAAAUACAGAGCAGCGUGUUGUUUUUAGCUUGUUUUGCUAAUUGCAACUUUAAUGCUCAUAUUGGAUGUGACAUCAUUCCCAGCUCGUUUUUUUUUUUUUUUUUUUUUUUUUUAAUUAUGAGGCAAAUGGAUCACAGUAUUAGACUUUAGUGCAGGCACUUAGCGAAGCUAUCACAUCAGUUCCCUGCUUUUCUGGUUUUAUGAACACUUUCUGAACCCAGCUCUCCUGCAGCGAGAGCACUAACUACAGUGAGCACUUAAUCACCAUUUAUUAGGAGGUGUCUUCUUAAAUAGAGCCUGUACUGAUAAAAAUAAAUAGCUUUUUCUAAAAUGAAGUUUAGAGAUAAGAUGUAGAUGUAGAACAUUUAGCCUAGCAAUUUUUCCUACUGGAUUAAAGCCUACUGUUUGAGUCUGAAUCAGGACUUCAAGAGACUUCACAUAGUGAGCAUGAUUCAGAUUUUACUCUUUAAUUCAAUCUACAGAAUACAGGCUGAGAUAUGGUUCUCACUUCUGUCUGUACCUGCCUCCGUUAGAGGGUGCCAAACACUGACUAGCAAAAGCACAGUUUGCAGUCACCAAGUGGAUUAUUCCCAGCAAAUUGUGCCUGCUUAUCACAAUCUCUUUGAUUCAGUAGAACUUAAAUGUGAACGUCUCGAGCCAUAUUUUUGAGAUUACAGCUGAAUAUUUACAAAUCUCACUUUCUAAAAGCUGUAGUGUGCAGUGUAAAACUGUAUAGUGUCACCACAAUGGUUGUAUACUUCAUGUGAAACUUUCAGCUUAUAAAAAAAAAAAAAAGAAAUGAAAAGAUUAGAAAUGUUUUAGAGCAAGAAACCCGUUUAAACAACUAAAUGGACUUUAUGGUUAUUCAUCUCAAAGCCUCAGUUUAAAUAGGAGGUUCAUGGGGCUGCACAGUAUGAUUCAGCUCAAACUUUGAGACAGCAUACUCUGAAUACUGUUGUAGCUUGUUUUUAUAGUAACAUUUGAGCUGAAUGUCAAGUGUGACAGAUAUAAGUGGUCUUGUUUAUGCACUGCAGGGAAGGCCAGUCCAGGAACAUAACCCGGCAAUCACUUUCAGGCUUUGGGUGAUCCAGUUUAAGUCACUAUAAUUUAUCUCUGGGUCCUGUUUUGGUGCAGUAACAAACAAAGCCUUCGUGGAUCUCUGCAGAUGUGCCAGCUUGCCGGGCAGUGCAUGGAGAAUUCAUGAACGUGUGCAGCAUCUCAACAACAUGGGGAAACCAUGUCUGCAGAGCUAAAAUCACAGUGCCUUUAUGUCAGUCUUCAUUUUACAGUUCUUCACAUAUUUGAGUGCUGAUUACACAGGAAUAAAAAAAAAAAACACAAAACAAAACACCUGUUACCUUAAAGUUGUUUUUCUCACCCAACAUUUCUAGCGUGCAGACACAUCUUUGUAGCAUGAGGAUUUUUGUUUUUAGUAGUAUUACAUUAAUGGAAAAGACAGAUUUUUUUUUUUUAUCUGAUUUGGUUAAAUAGGGUGGAACAGUUAAUGUCAUACUUUCAAAUUGUGUGAAGAAAUAUUUCUUUUUGUGUGUGUGUUUAUGCAGAAAGGCUUCAUGUCCUUUUUAAAUAGAUGGUUUUCCUUUUAGAAAACUAAAAUCACUGUAUUAACUUUGUAAUGAAUUGACAUAUUGUAUGUUUAUCAUGUAUCUGAAGACACUAAAAUUGAGAAAAUUUGCAAUACAAAGUAGGUUCACUGGCCCAUUUUUGAUCAUGAAUUGUGAAUGAAACACACUGAUCAGUCUGUUUUUGUCUGACUCAAGUAAAUCAACUCUAUACCCCAGCUGACUCAGAAGAUCCAGUCUAAGGGCAGUGAUCACUUUAAGUGUCUUGAAGUAAAACUGCGAGUGCCAUACGGUUCAUGGAGCUAACUGUUGGUGAUGUAAGUGUGUUAAAUGGAGGAGAUAACGUAUGUGUCCCCCUGUUCGUCUUAACAGUAUGCUGUGCAUGGAAUGUAUGUACAAGUCUAAAUGGAAUUUAUAUUUUCUUUGUAUUUCACCUCUAAUGUUCAGGUGAUUUAUUUUAAAAAAUGAUUUAACAUUUUGUAAUUCAGUGAGAUUUUCUAUUGUAAAGCAACUAAUCCUUGAAAUGCUAUUUGCACUUUUCAUAGUCUAUACUUGAUACAUUCCCUCUUUAUAUGAAAACUGUUUGAUGUGUGAUGCCAAUAAAACUUUGUGUUGAAUUUUA